AUGGGUCCCACCCGCCCCUGGGAGGACCCCAACGCACCUCGGAGGGUCUCAGAGGACACCACCUUACCUGGUUGGGUCCCAGGGGCCCCUGCUGCCUCUGGGUUGGUCCCUGGGGAUUCCACUGCCCCUGGAAAGGUCCUAAGUGACCCAGCCACGCCUAGGAGGUUCCCUUCCGCAAAUGAGAUAGGCCCUGGUAGAGCCAGCCCUGGCCCCAGCAAGUGCGGCUCCUGGGGUGUCCCAGGGACCUCGCCACCUCUUAGAGGGUCCCAAGGACCCCUGGCAUCCCUGGGAGGAACUCAGGAAGCCCCGCCUAUCCAGGGAGGAUCCCUAGGGGCACCACCACACCUGGGAAGGUACCAGGGGCCCCCACCAACCCCUGGGAAGGUUCCUGGUACACACGACGCUUCUGAGAGGGUUGCACAGGUCCUGCCGCCCCUAGGAUGGUUCCUGGGGCCCCCGCCGUCCGUAGGAGGAUUCCAAGGAGCGUUGCCGUCCCUCGGAGGCAAGUGCGGCUCCUGGGGUGUCCCAGGGACCUCGCCACCUCUUAGAGGGUCCCAGGGACCCCUGCCAUCCAUGGGAGGGACUCAGGGAGACCCGCCUAUCCAGGGAGGAUCCCUAGGGGCACCAACACACCUGGGAAGGUACCAGGGGCCCCCACCAACCCCUGGGAAGGUCCCUGGUACACCCGACGCUUCUGGAAGGGUUGCAUGGGCCCUGCCGCCCCUAGGAGGGUUACUGGGGACCACGCCAUCCGUGGGAGGAUUCCAGGAAGCGCUGCCGUCCCUCCGAGGCAAGUGCGGCUCCUGGGGUGUCCCAGAGACCUUGCCACCUCUUAGAGGGUCCCAAGGACCCCUGCCAUCCCUGGGAGGGACUCAGGGAGACCCGCCUAUCCAGGGAGGAUCCCUAGGGGCACCAACACACCUGGGAAGGUACCACGGGCCCCCACCAACCCCUGGGAAGGUCCCUGGUACACCCGACGCUUCUGGAAGGGUUGCAUGGGCCCUGCCUCCCGUAGGAGGGUUCCUGGGGUCCACGCCAUUCGUGGGAGGGUUCCAGGAGGCGCUGCCAUCCCUCGGAGGGUAA